CCACUGCUGGAAGUCUUUCUGAAAUCCGAAGGGAAAAAGAAGGCCAGCUGCUAGCCAGCGCACGUGACCGGGAAGGAAGGCGCUCCCGCCCAUGACGGGAUGGGAAAACUAUGCCCGGGGCCGGCAUCUCAAGCUGCUGCAAGCAGGACUGAGCACUACCAGAGCAGCAACCUCGGAUGGCCCUGGACGUGGCACGCGCGGGGCACAGAGGCAAGAAGACUUGAUGAAGCCUCUCUUCCCAACCCAUAUCCAGAAAGAACGAUUUAGAUGACAGUUUUUAGAAAGAAUGUGAAUGCCUGUGAUUUGCGACGGUCUGAGGUUAUAAGACCCUGACCGUCAGUCAGUGGUACUUACUUCGAGAAGACCCCGAGUGAGACACGGGAACACAGAUUGAUGCAAAAGCAGAAGUUUAUUUUCUGGUGCAUCAGGAUCAACCCUCAAUCAGUCCCUCAAGGUGACCACCAUGAUCUCCUGGAUGCUCUUGGCCUGUGCCCUUCCGUGUGCUGCUGACCCAAUGCUUGGUGCCUUUGCUCGCAGGGACUUCCAGAAGGGUGGUCCUCAACUGGUGUGCAGUCUGCCUGGUCCCCAAGGCCCACCUGGCCCUCCAGGAGCACCAGGAUCCUCAGGAAUGGUGGGAAGAAUGGGUUUUCCUGGUAAAGAUGGCCAAGACGGCCAGGACGGAGACCGAGGGGACAGUGGAGAAGAAGGUCCACCUGGCAGGACAGGCAACCGAGGAAAACAAGGACCAAAGGGCAAAGCUGGGGCCAUUGGGAGAGCGGGUCCUCGAGGACCCAAGGGGGUCAGUGGUACCCCCGGGAAACAUGGUAUACCGGGCAAGAAGGGACCUAAGGGCAAGAAAGGGGAACCUGGGCUCCCAGGCCCCUGUAGCUGCGGCAGUAGCCGAGCCAAGUCGGCCUUUUCGGUGGCGGUAACCAAGAGUUACCCACGUGAGCGACUGCCCAUCAAGUUUGACAAGAUUCUGAUGAAUGAGGGAGGCCACUACAAUGCAUCCAGUGGCAAGUUCGUCUGCAGCGUGCCAGGGAUCUAUUACUUUACCUAUGACAUUACGCUGGCCAACAAACACCUGGCCAUCGGCCUAGUGCACAAUGGCCAGUACCGCAUUCGGACUUUUGACGCCAACACCGGCAACCACGACGUGGCCUCGGGCUCCACCAUCCUAGCUCUCAAGGAGGGUGAUGAAGUCUGGUUACAGAUUUUCUACUCGGAGCAGAAUGGACUCUUCUACGACCCUUAUUGGACCGACAGCCUGUUCACCGGCUUCCUCAUCUACGCUGAUCAAGGAGACCCCAAUGAGGUAUAGACAAGCUGGGGUUGAGCGUCCAGGCAGGGACUAAGAUUCCGCAAGGGUGCUGAUAGAAGAGGAUCUCUGAACUGAGGCUGGGGACUGGCAGUCUUGGGAGCUUUUAUUCCCAGGCAAGCCUCCUCUGUUGCUGCUUUAAAAAAACAAAAAACAAAAAAAACAAAACAAAACAAAAAAAAAACAUUAAAUCCAAGCUUUUGGUUA